GGUUUUAUGGAAGAGUCUAGAUUAAAGUCAGUGUACUUAAUAGUAUUUAUUUAACACUUAGAUGCUUCAGUGUCGUAAUCUAGCUUCCAGUUGCUACAAGCAUAGGUUGCUGGUCAAGAGUAGAGUCAAACUAGGACUAGGUUCUUCCUAGGAUUCACAUGAGUCUCAGACUAACUAGGACUAGGACCAACUUAAAAUAACAUAAGAAGACGUCCUGAAUACGAAGUAAUAUUCUAAGGUACAAUGUCAACGCAGCAGUGUGUCACAAAGGAAUUGCUGGAGGAAUCCUUCCGGACUUUCCUGGGAGAUGAGAACAUUAAAAUUCUUGGAUAUUCGGUGAAAGCUGCCGUUCCCAUCGGUGAUAACUAUACGAGCCAAUUGUAUCGUGCCCAAGUUACAUUCGCAUUAUCAAAUGAAUCUCAGGAGAGCAUGUCUGUAAUAAUCAAAAUCGAAUUCAAGGACACGGUUAUGGGAUUUUUAACGGCCGGACUUCAGUUCUUCUCUAAGGAAAUGGAAAUGUUUAGUAAAACUCUACCACUAAUGUACGAUGCAUUAGGCCCCGAUUACGAAGGAUGUUUAUCGUCCUUAUCCCUUUUAACGAAGAACGAGCCGAAUGCGAUUCUGGUUCUUCAAGAUCUGCAACCGCUUGGAUUCAAAAUGGUACCGAGACAAAUGGGUUUGGACUUGGAGCAUUGUCAGAUGGUGAUGAAGAAAAUUGCGCAGUUUCAUGCUGCGUCCGUCGUAGUAACAGAUAAGGAUCCAUCGGCUAUGAAAAACUAUUCAUCUGGAAUGUACUCAAAGAAUGACUUAGUAAGCGAGUGGAUGCGGAAAGGAGUCGAAUCGCUCGCAGAAAGUUGUUUGCAAUGGCAAGGUUUGGAGAAGUACGGUGCGAAGAUGCAGAAGCUACUCCCCGACAUCUUGAUGAAAGCCGACGAAUCCUGCAGGAAGAAACUGGGCGGAUUCAAUGUCAUCAAUCACGGCGAUCUUUGGGUUAACAACAUGCUUUUCUCGUAUCACGCCAACAGCGGAAAACUGAAAGAUCUCAGAUUUGUCGACUUCCAAGUCGUGCAUUAUACGAGUCCAGCAGUUGAUCUUCACUAUUUCCUUGCGACGAGUCCCAGCGAGGAAGUGCGAAAGUUGCACAUGGAAACUCUGUUGGAUUCGUAUUAUGGACACUUGCUGGCGACUCUGUCCAACAUGAAUUACAGUUUAUCGAGCGUUCCGUCUAGAGAGGAAUUCCGAAAAGAUUUAAAUUCAAGAGCGCUGCAAGGUUUGAUGGGAGCAGCAACUGUAGCUCCAUUGGUCAGAGCUUCACAUAGAGAGGAUGCAACGUUCGAAGAUCUGAUGGGCGAUUCGACAGAAGGCAGCUUCAGACAUCACUGCUACACGAACGAAAAAUUCAAGAAGUCUAUGGAACAAUACAUACCGUACUUGGAUAGGCUCGGUGCAUUAGAUUAAAUUCCCUUAAUUAUUUUAUGCACAAUAGGCAACGUUUACCUCAUCCAAUUAGCAUCUAAUAAUUUAUAAUAUUUAUCGACAAAUGUUUCCAAGAAAAUUAAUAUCUGCACGUGGAAUCCAUUGUUCGCAUUGUUUUCACUUUUGUUUCUUCUUUCAUUUGUCACUUUUAAUUUGUAGUUGGUAACACGAUAAUACAAAUUCUAUUGCAUUACGUGCUCACUUAUAAUAACACAUAAUUUUAAGAUAAUAGGUACACACAUUAUAUUGUUUAUUUUUUACUGUUUUUUUUUUGGA